AUGUCGUCCAUUUCAGAACUAACCCUAACUGACCAAAUAUCAGGUCAACCUGAUUUAUACUCACCCUCACUCUCCGUUGUCAAACCUUUACCAGGAUCUCUGCCAACUAACAUCCGUUCUUCUUCUUCGGGAAAAUCAAUCUCCAACCGCUCAACGCCUACUCCCACUCAAGACUUUCCACCCGUCGAACAAAAUAUCAAACCUCCACCACCACUAAUCACUUCUACCUCAGGAUGGUGA